CAGAUGCCGGCGUAAUUUUCGAUUUAAAUGAUAAAGCUAUUUUACUAUUAACUUUCAUUACUGCCUCAAUUGAAAAGUUAUGUUUGCUUGAUUGUUAAUGCGGCCAAUUUAAUUUGGUAGUUACAAACCUUCCUACUUACAAAAGCUAAGCUGAAUUUUUACAAAUAUUCGUUAAAAACUGUCUAAUGACGUUAUCAACAUCACUAUCUUCACAAUACGAUUUUAAUGGACCUUCUCAAUAAAUUAAGUUAUUUUCACGAUUAAAUUUCAUUUCUGUUUUAAUUGCUGAUUGUAUCUGUUAGAUGGUUAAUAAGGCUAUUAUAAUUUGAUAUUUACACAGAAUGUUUCUUCUUGUUGAAGCUAAGCUGGAGUUUUAUAAAUAUUUAUGUAAAACUGUCUAAAGUUGUUAUCAAUAUUACUUUUUUCAUGACACGUUUUAUCAUUUUAUGACACCAGACCAAUCUAUGAAAUAGUGUUACUAGUUUUUCAGCUUGAAGUCAUUUUAAUUGAAAAGUUCUACAAUCAUGUCGGAGUUAAGCAAUAAUUCUGUAUUUCCACAAGUUCACACCCAUCCAAAAAAUAAUGAGCUUCAUGAAAGAUUAAAAAAACUGAAACAUACAUUUUUUUCCAAAUUUUCUUAUUAUCCUGAUGUAUAUGUUAGAGUACCAGGAAGAGUAAAUUUAAUUGGAGAACAUAUUGAUUAUUGUGGUUAUUCAGUUUGCCCACUGGCUAUUGAUAAGGACAUUUUAUUAGCUGCUAAAGCUGUAGAAGAAGAACCCUUCUUAAAGAUUACUAAUCUAGACUCAAAGUAUCCAGAUUGUAUCGUUCCUGAUAGUAAUUUUGUGAUCGAUCACCAAAAGUAUGGUUGGUGUGCUUAUGUGCUGUGUGGUAUUUAUGGUGCCUUGGAAAAGUUGGGAGGAAAGCCAGUUUCAUUAAGAUUUGCUAUUGCAGGCUCAAUACCACCUGGGGCAGGAUUAUCUAGUUCUAGUGCAGUCGUCUGUGCAUCCCUUCUUGCUACUACUUAUUUAAAUAAGUUAACAUUGUCAAAGGCAGAACUGGCUACAAUGAGUGCUAUAAGUGAGCAAUAUGUUGGAACUGUUGGUGGUGGUAUGGAUCAGGCCAUAGCUUUUUGUGCUACCGAAGGUUGUGCUAAGCAUAUUGAAUUUAAUCCUUUAAGAACGACUGAUGUAUCUAUACCAGGUGAUGCUAUUUUUGUAAUAGCUGAUAGCCUUGUUACAAAGAAUAAAGCUGAAUCUAAUGACUUCAACACUAGAGUUGUUGAGACUCGUCUUGUUGCUCAGGUUUUAGCUAAGCGGCAACUGAUUACAUCUUGUGUAGAUAAACUAAAAAUUGCUGAUGUACAAGCCGAACUGGAUAUCAGUUUGGAAAAAAUGAUUUCACUUGUGAAAAGCACAUUCCAUAAAGAACCAUAUACAAAAGAGGAGUUAUGCGAAGAAUUGGCAAUGACAAAGGAUGAAUUGAGUAAGAUAUUGACAGCAAACACUAGACAUCUUUCACAAUUUAGUUUAUACCAACGUGGACUUCAUGUCGUAGAAGAGGCUUUUCGUGUGCAGAAAUGGUUGUCAACUAACUCAGUUCAAACUUUAGGUUGCCUAAUGAAUGAAUCUCAUCAAUCAUUAAGAGACCUUUAUGAGGCUAGCCACCCAUCUUUGGACAGGUUAGUUAGUGACUGCUUGGGCGGAGGUGCCUUGGGUGCGAGGUUGACAGGUGCAGGCUGGGGAGGCUGCGUAGUAGCUAUCACCACUCAAGACAAAGUUGAUAAUCUUAUUAAGUCUUUAGCAAAGUCAUACUAUAAAAACUAUGAUGGAGUUUUCAGUGAAGUUGUAUUCGCUACUCAUCCUGGCCGUGGAGCAGAGAUAUUUACUUCCAUUUAGGAAUUGUUAAUAAUAUAUAUAUAU